CACUGCAGACGGUGUGACGUCAGAGGCAGUGUCGGUCAGCUGGCUCCUCGAUCCGAACAGCAGGGAGAGCCUCUCCCAAAGGGAGACAUCACCAUCACCGCCUGACUCAGCCCAGAGGCGUCGGCGGCCCGCCGGAAAAGGAGCACGACUCAUGGACGGACCGGUGUUCUAGAGGCGGUCCGGGCCACCGGGGGGAACCGGGAUUAUUUAUUCAGCUAUUUAUUUAUUUAUUUCCACCGCCUGUGCAAUGGCAGGGAUCCAUGGCUGCGGCUGCUGAGAAGCAGGUGCAACAUCAUCGACAACGGCAUUUGGAUCCUUGGGAUGGACUCGGCCAGGGUCGACCCGCAGGCUGGAUCAGCGCUCGUUCACCGGGACCGCAGCGGUUCUGCGGGAGGGGAGCGAUGAGCAGGCCGCUUGUGGAGUAGAAAGGCUGUUAAUGAUAUCAGGAAGGAGCGCGAACCGAAUCAAAGUACUGGAACCAGUUUCUAUUCCAAGGUUGUGCGCAUCUGCACAAGGAUUUCGGUGGUUCCUGUGGGCAGUUUUAAACUAAAACAACAAUUUAAUAUUCCAUCCGCCUGGUGCAACUAGGACCUUAACACUGUGACGGUCUCGCCUUCAACAGGCCUGCUUUAUUUCUGUUUCUGAGGAGAACCUUUGGAUAACAGGACCCGGCUCCAGCCGCCAAUAUGAUGGAGCUGCAGAUAGACGAGGUGGUGUACCAGGACGACUACGGCUCCGGCACCGUCAUGUCGGAGCGGGUGUCAGGCCUGGCCAACAGCAUCUACCGGGAGUUCGAGCGUCUCAUCCACAGCUACGACGAGGAGGUGGUGAAGGAGCUGAUGCCGCUGGUGGUGAACGUCCUGGAGAACCUGGACGCGGUGCUCACCGAGAACCAGGAGCACGAGGUGGAGCUGGAGCUGCUGAAGGAGGACAACGAGCAGCUCAUCACCCAGUACGAGCGCGAGAAACAGCUGCGUAAGCAGGCAGAGGAGAAAUUCAUAGAGUUUGAGGACACGCUGGAAGCUGAGAAGAAGGAUCUGCAGAUGCAGGUGGAGUUUCUGGAGCUGCAGGGGAAACAGCUGGAGCUCAAAAGCAAAAACUACUCUGACCAGAUCACUCGUCUGGAAGAGCGAGAAUCAGAGAUGAAGAAGGAGUACAACGCUCUUCAUCAGCGACACACAGAGAUGAUUCAGACCUACGUGGAGCACAUAGAGCGGUCCAAACUGCAGCAGGCAGGAAGUAACAGCCAGUCAGACGGCCCCGGCUGUGGACGAACUCAACGCCACUCAUGGAGGAAAAGCAGCAAGGCAGAGCGCCCACCGUCGUUGAGCCUGUACCCGAGCGGCGAGGGCAUGGUACGUGGGGGUCUCGGGGGGGCUAGGAUGAUGCCCGGGAAAGACAUGUGGCAGGUCAGCGAGCUCGGACAUUCCACCUUCAGCUCCGCCUAUCAGGAGGACGGAUCGGAGUCGGACUCGGUGGCCGUCACACCCAGCAGCACAGGGAGCAAGUCCAACACGCCCACCUCCUCCGUCCCGUCCGCCACCGUCACCCCCAUUAACGAGGGCUUUUUCCCUCACUCUGACUUUGACAUGACGCGCGCCGGGAACCGCAGGAAAAACGGCAAGCGUCUCAGUCGAAACAUGGAGGUGCAGGUUUCCCAGGAAACCAGGAAUGUCAGCAUUGGGAUGGGGAGCAGCGACGAAUGGUCGGAAUUCCAGGAAAUCAUUGAUUCCACACCUGAGCUGGAGAUGUGUGUGGAUCCCCGCGUGUACGGAGGAGGAAAUAGUCCGUCUCAGGGCAUCGUUAACGAGGCUUUCGGCAUCAACACCGACUCUCUCUACCAUGAGAUCAAAGAUACCAAGUCGGACAUCAUCGGGGAUGUGGACGCAGGCGCUGAGCUGUUAGGCGAGUUUUCAGUCCGUGAUGAUUUCUUUGGGAUGGGGAAGGAAGUGGAGAACCUGCUGACGGAGAACAAACAGCUUCUAGAGACCAAAAAUGCUCUGAACAUAGUGAAAAACGACCUUAUUGCCAAAGUGGACGAGCUGUCGAGCGAACAGGAGGUGCUGAGGGAGGAGCUGGAGGCAGUGCGGCAGUCCAAGAACAAGGUGGAUGCUAGAAUCAAGGAACUGGAGGAAGAGCUGAAGAGGUUGAGAGCAGAAGCUCUUGGUGCACUGCGCGACUCCAAGGAUGAAGGAGGAGAUGAUUUUUCGUCACCCAUGCAGGACGGAGACAUGGCGAUGACCCAGCGGCGGCGCUUUACCCGGGUGGAGAUGGCCCGUGUUUUGAUGGAACGUAACCAGUAUAAAGAGAGGCUGAUGGAACUUCAGGAGGCUGUGAGGUGGACGGAGAUGAUUAGAGCUUCCAGGGAGAGUCCUCCAAUCCAGGAGAAAAAGAAAUCCACCAUCUGGCAGUUCUUCGCACGUCUUUUCAGCUCGUCCUCCAGCCCUCCACCAGUCAAGCGGCCGUACUACAGCGUCAACAUCCACUACAAAUCUCCAUCUCCAGCCUUGACCCAGAGACGCAGCCACACCAUGUGUCAGAUCUCCACCUCCAACCGUACGCUGGAGUUCUUCCCUGAAGAACUGGCCAGUAACGGUGUUGCGUCUCUCCUCAGUGACUCGGCGCUGCUGGCCCGCCGAGAGCAGCGGCGGGAGCAGUACAGGCAGGUGCGCGAGCACAUGCGCCGCGACGACGGCAUCAUGCAGGCCUGUGGCUGGAGUGUGCCGUCUCGCUUCAAACAGACUGGAGGUCAGACGGACAGCGCUAAGGACGGCCCACUGAAGAGACAACAGACCAAUGAGAAGGAGGACAACCGCAUGAAGAAUGUCCCCGUGCCCGUGUACUGUCGGCCCCUGGUGGAAAAGGACCCCAACAGGAAGCUGUGGUGUGCAGCAGGAGUUGACCUAACAGGAUGGAGGGCUAGCAGCCAAGAGGCGGCACCAUCCAAAGCUCCAUCAGGCCAGAGCGAUCCUCUUCAGACUGAAGAGGACAAGAAGACCAGUAACACGACACCUGAGAAGAGGAAGUCAAAGGAGCUCCAGGAGACAGACAGCAUGAACAGCCGAGUGUGGAUCCUCACCAGCACCCACUCUGCUAGCAAGGUGGUCAUCAUCGACGCCAACCAGCCGGGUUCGCUGGUGGACCAGUUCAACGUCUGCAACGCUCACGUGCUCUGCAUCUCCAGUGUGCCAGCUGCCAGUGAGAGUGAUUAUCCAGCAGGGGAGAUCGUGCUGGAUCCAGGUGAUGGUGGAGCAGGAGGUGGAGAGGACGCCGGCGGGGUGGAGGGCAUGCUGGCUGGCAUCACGCUCGUCGGCUGUGCCACAAACUGUAGCGUUGCUCGGAGCAACUGCUCCUCCCGCACCGACACACCCAUCAUAGACAAAGGACAAGCUCCCUCUGCUCCUCCUGUGAACGGGAAGAUGCACCCAGCUCAGUCAGCAGAGGAGGCCACAGAAGCAACAGAAGUUCCUGAAACUACUCCCAACCACACAGAGAUGAGAUCCGGACCCCCGGGACCCUUCACCGAGCAUGUCUUUACAGAUCCUCAGCCUCGUCUGGCAGAUGACAGGAGCACAGGUCAGUCCAAAGAGGAGGCGUCCCAACCCACAGAGUCAGAGGACGGAGGGGAAGAGACCAAAAACUAUACCAGUGUUGCCCCCACCAUGUGGCUCGGGGCCCAGAAUGGCUGGCUCUAUGUCCACUCGGCUGUUGGAAACUGGAAGAAGUGUCUCCACUCCAUCAAACUGAAAGAUUCCGUCCUCAGCCUGGUACACGUGAAGGGUCGGGUUCUGGUGGCGCUGGCCGACGGGACGCUCGCUAUUUUCCAUAGAUCAGAAGAUGGCCAGUGGGACUUGUCCAAUUACCACCUCAUGGACCUGGGUCGUCCUCAUCACUCCAUCCGCUGCAUGGCUGUUGUCCAUGAUAAAGUGUGGUGCGGCUAUAAGAACAAGAUCCAUGUCAUCCAGCCCAAAAGCAUGCAGAUCGAGAAGUCCUUUGACGCUCACCCUCGCAGGGAGAGUCAGGUGAGGCAGCUGGCGUGGAUCGGUGACGGUGUGUGGGUGUCCAUCCGACUAGAUUCAACACUGCGACUGUACCACGCGCACACACACCAGCACCUCCAGGACGUUGACAUCGAGCCAUAUGUCAGCAAGAUGCUGGGUACUGGUAAGCUGGGAUUCUCUUUUGUUCGGAUCACGGCCCUCCUGAUUGGUGGAAAUCGUCUCUGGGUGGGAACCGGAAACGGUGUGAUCAUCUCCAUCCCGCUGACAGAAACGGUGGUCCUUCAUCGGGGACAGCUCCUGGGUUUGAGGGCCAAUAAGGUGUCUCCCACGUCCUCCGGAGGCGUGAUCCACGUCUACAGUGAUGACGGAUCAGAGAAGAGCAGCGGCAGCUUCAUUCCCUACUGCUCCAUGGCACAAGCCCAGCUGUGUUUCCAUGGACACCGUGAUGCUGUUAAGUUCUUUGUCUCCGUACCGGGCAACGUUCUGGCCACCUUGAACGGCAGUGUUCUGGACAGCCCGUCAGAAGGGCAGAGCUCCACGGCACCAACAGAGACGGAGGAGCAGAGUGUUCACAACGUGUUGGUGUUGAGCGGGGGCGAGGGCUACAUCGAUUUCCGCAUAGGUGACGGAGAGGACGAUGAGACGGAGGACGGAGACAACAGCGGGGCUUCACAGAUGAAACCUGCUUUGAGCAAGGCUGAGCGGAGCCACAUCAUCGUCUGGCAGGUGUCUUAUGUCCCAGAGUGACACCGGAGUUUGUCUUGGAAGCUUCCAGCCAUCCAAACCUUGCAAUUCCCCCCCAUCAUGUAAAAGUUCCCCUCUGGCUGUAAAACUACCCUCUGAGCUUUGCAUUGUUCCUGUAACUAAUAAACCUCCUCCUGUCCCUCCAUCUCCUCUGAUCUAGUUAUCUGCCUGACACCCUGUGUCCGUCACACAGGAAGCUGUAACCAUCACCAUAAACCUCAUUAUCUACCUCCCUACAUCCAUCCCCGUCCUCUCCCUCGGCUGUCCUGCAACAGCUGCUCCUUGAGUUUAUCUGUAAAAACGUCACCUCCUCUUCCAGAUCCCAUCAGAUUCCCCAAAAACAAGUAAAAGUGUGAAUGUCGGCCAAGAGUCUGGUUUCACCCGCUGACUUCUAUUUAUCUCGUAAAGGUAACAGAUGAGUGAAAGUCUGAUAAUCUGGUUUGUUUUGACUAAAACGUUUUGUUUAAAACCACCAGGGUGAAACAUCUCCAGCUUCCUGAUGCAGGUCAAAGGUCGGAUCAUGUUCAUAUUCACACAGAGGGGUGUGAUGCAGGCGAGCGCUGGCAUGUUAUUUAUGUACAGGGAUAAAAACUGUAAAUGUCAAGAUGCAUCCUCCCGGUUCAGUAUAGAAAUCUGUGCAUUGAUCUCUUUAUCUGUGGAUUAAAUAUUAAACAUAUUUGUGUGCUGAAA